AUGGUUUUUACAGUGAUAAUUUUCAAUGUCAAUGCAAAACAUGAAGAAGUUGAACAACAAACUGAACUUAUGUACAAAGAUAAUACAAUAUGGACUGCAGUGUUCAAUGCAGAUGAAAAUGCAAUUAACCGUUUAAUCGAUGCUGAUCCAAAUAUUAUUAUGUCGAGAGGUGCCGUUGGUGAGUGUCCCAUUCAUAUGUUAUUUCUAUAUGGAACAGAUAAACAUUUGAAAAUUGCUCGAGAUCUUAUUAUACGAUUUCCAAUGAUCAUGACACAAAUUUAUAAUAAACCGAAAUAUUAUGGUGAAAAUAUUUUUCAUAUUGCUAUUGUAAAACGUAAUCUAGAUAUGGUUAAAUGGUUACUUAGUGAUAUUCAUUCCGAGAACAAUCGACAACAAUUAUUAGCAGCUACUGCUACUGGUGACUUCUUCAAAAUAGGUCAACCAACUUACUAUGGUGAAACUCCAUUAGCAUUUGCUUGUUGUACUAAUCAAUGGAAUAUUUCUGAAAUCUUACUCAAACAUGGUGCUGAUAUGAAUGUGAUGGACAGUAAUGGUAAUACUAUUUUACAUAUGCUUGUUAUUCGUAACUUACGCGAUAUGUAUACCAAAUUUAAAUCAUAUUGGAUCGAACAUCAAGCUAUUACUAAGAGUACAACAGUUGAAAACUCAAUAUUAUUGAAACCUUUAAAUUUAUGGAAUCGUCUAAAUAAAGAUAAUUUGACACCAUUAACUUUAGCAGCUGAUAUAGGUCAAUCUGAUACAUUGUCAUGGUUACUUGAUGAACGUAAAAAAAUACAAUGGUCUUAUGGUAAUCUUUCAUGUGUAUUACAUCCUCUUGAUCAACUUGAUGUUAGUAUUCAAGAAAAGGAUAAAAAACAUCCUCUAUGUGUACUUGAAGUAAUGAUAAAAAAUAAUGAUUCAAAAUUAGUAAAUCCAAUUAUUAUAUCUUUAAUCGAAAAAAAAUGGAAACAUUUUGCUUAUCGAAUACUUAUUCGACGUUUUUUCUUUACACUUAUUUAUCUUCUUAUUUUUCUUGCUACAACAAUAUUAGAACAAACACGAAUAGAAAUGGGAUCAGUUUUUCUUGAAAAUCUUUUAUCAUGUUCAUUUUGUUUAUGUAUUUUAAUUGUUCAAUUUCUUCGUCUAUUUAAAAUACGACAUGAAACUGUUAUUUAUGCUUUUGCUUGUCUUCUUGGAUGGAUUUAUAUGUUUUUUUUCAUAAUGCCAUUUCGAUUUACUGGUCCAUUUGUUAUUAUGAUUUAUAAAAUGUUAUUUAAUGAUGUUCUUCGUUUUUGUAUUAUAUAUAUAAUUUUUCUUGCUGGUUUCUCUCAAUCAUAUUUUGUUUUAUUCAAUAGAAAUGGAUUACAAGGUUAUUUGUCAAGUGUCAAACAUUGUUUUUUAGGUUUAUUAGGAGACUUUCAUUUAGAACAUUACGUUAAAGAACAAUAUUUAUGGGCCGGUGCUUUAUUAUUUAUAUUAUAUGUUGUAAUUAUUACUAUUCUUCUAUUAAAUUUACUCAUUGCUAUGAUGGGUGACACAUAUAAAGAUGUGAAAAGAAGUGCAAGACAAUUAUGGCAUUUGGAACGAACACGUAUUGUACUUGAUAUUGAAAGUGGGAUAUCAGUAUCUAAACGUCAAUCAUCUAUCAACAAAUAUUGGGUAGAUAUACAAGGUGAACGUUAUUUACAAGUUGAACAAAUGGACGAUGAUAUUUUCAAUCUCAUAGAAAAUCAAAACACAUAA